GGAGGAGAUAGAGGGAGAUGCACAGGUGGGGCACAUUGGAAAGAGGCAGUUGUUUCAGGAUAAACACAAAGGGGAAGGCUCACAACUAUUCAGCGACAGGUUGGACUGGUUUGUUCCUCCACAAUACUCGUGUUUCCUCCGCUCUUGCUCAUUUUUACCAGCAGAGAGGGAGGAAGAACUGAACCAGACAAAGGGGCUGUGGAAAGAGUAAAAGGAUUCUCUGUACAUUUCAACAUUUGGCUCAGAAAGAAAUUUCAACAUGCCUGGGGAUGGAGAAUAUUAUGGAAAGCAUGGCGAGCCAAGGAAGUAUGACCCGACCUUUAAGGGCCCGAUCCAGAGCAGGGGCUGCACUGACAUUGUGUGCUGCAUCCUCUUCAUUCUUGCCAUACUGGGUUAUAUUGCAGUGGGAAUACUCGCCUGGUCCCAGGGUGACCCCAGGAAGGUGAUCUAUCCCACAGACAGUCGAGGCCAGUUCUGUGGGCAGGCUGGCACCCCACUUGAGAACAAGCCGCUGUUGUUCUACUUCAACAUCAUGAAGUGUGCCAGUCCCAUGGUGCUGCUGGAGUUCCAGUGUCCAACCACACAGAUGUGCGUGGAGAAGUGCCCCGAAAAGUUCAUGACAUUAAUGAAAGCCUACAGCGUCAAAAAUGACUUUGAGAUCUACAAGAAAUUCUGCAAGGAGGGUGUGACUAAUACAAUGAGCAUACCAGACAUCCUUAAGUUAGGUCUCUGUCCUGCCAUGCUGAUCCCCAGCAAACCCUUCACUCGUAGGUGUUUCCCAGCUUUGGGCCAGAAAGGAGGGGUGAUAACUGUGGGAAACAACUCUCACUUUGAUGAUGGAAGCGGAACUAUGAGAGAUGCCAAGGAUCUUGUGGAUGGAGUCAAGAAUGCCACUGUGGUUAUUGAGGCUCGUCAGGUGGUCAUGAAAAUCUUUGAGGACUACACACAGUCCUGGUACUGGAUCCUGAUAGGGUUGGUUAUUGCUAUGCUCACCAGCCUGCUCUUCAUCGUCCUCCUGCGCUUCCUGGCAGGGAUCAUGGUCUGGAUUAUGAUUGUCCUGGUGAUACUGGUCAUAGGAUAUGGUAUCUUCCACUGCUACAUGGAGUAUGCUGGCCUGAGUGGAGAACCAGGCGCUAACGUGACUAUACAGCAACUGGGCUUCCAGACAGACUUCUCAGUCUACCUGCAGAUCAGACAGACCUGGCUGGCCUUCAUGAUUAUCCUGGCCAUUGUGGAGGUCAUCAUCAUCCUACUGCUCAUCUUCCUCAGGAAAAGGAUCCUCAUUGCUGUUGCUCUCAUCAAAGAAGCCAGCAGAGCCAUUGGGCAUGUGAUGUCGUCCCUUUUCUACCCACUGUUCACUUUCUUUCUCUUGGCCAUGGUCAUCGCCUACUGGGCAGUUACUGCUGUAUUCUUGUCUACCUCAAAUGAACCCAUCUACAAAGUUUUCAAUGAGACAGCAUGCGACCACUCAAGACAAACCUGUGACCCAGCUAACUACACGACCAGUCCUAUGAAAAAACAGUGCCCUGACUCCCAGUGCCUUUUUGCCUUCUACGGUGGAGAGACCGUUUACCACAAAUACCUGAUCGGCCUGCAGUUCUACAACGUCUUCCUCUUCUUUUGGUGUGCCAACUUUGUCACGGCUCUGGGACAGAUGACCCUGGCCGGGGCCUUCGCCUCGUACUACUGGGCCUCUGUCAAGCCGGAUGACAUGCCUGCCUUCCCAUUGUUUUCUGCCCUAGGGAGAUCUCUCAGGUAUCAUACAGGAACUCUGGCGUUCGGCUCCCUUAUCCUCUCAAUCAUUCAGAUCAUCAGGGUUUUGCUGGAGUAUCUGGACCACAAGCUGAAAGGAGCCCAAAAUAAGUUUGCCAAGUUCCUGUUGUGCUGUCUGAAGUGCUGCUUCUGGUGUCUGGAGAAAUUCAUCAAGUUCUUAAACAGAAAUGCCUACAUUAUGGUGGCGAUAUAUGGCAAAAACUUCUGCACCGCUGCCAGAGAUGCCUUCUUCCUCCUCAUGAGGAACAUGAUCAGGGUGGCUGUCUUGGACAAAGUGACCGAUUUCCUCUUGUUUUUGGGAAAACUGCUCAUUGUUGGGCUCGUGGGGAUCUUUGCUUUCUUUUUCUUCUCUGGGAGAGUGAAGGCCUUUGAGAAUACAGCUCCCAAUCUCCACUACUACUGGGUGCCCAUCCUGACUGUGGUGAUUGGCUCCUACCUCAUUGCCCAUGGAUUCUUCAGUGUGUACGCCAUGUGUGUGGACACUCUUUUCCUCUGUUUCUGUGAAGACCUGGAGCGCAAUGACGGUUCAGCCACAAGGCCUUAUUACAUGUCCUCAACUCUCCGUGAGAUCCUGUGGAAGAACAAAGCUGAGGACCCGUCUUCGUCUUCUGCACAGCAACCGGACGAUGAAGACGUCCAGUUGAAACGGCAGCAGGCUGAGGAGAAGGACGCGGCUUAGAGAAGAGGAGUUUUGUGGACAAAGACACUGUUUGCGAAUGUCAUCAGAUUUUUCAAUGAGUUAUGGGCAUAACAAAAUCCAUGCAACACUUUUUUUUUUUUUUUUUUUUUUUUUAUAGUUGAGUUAAAUUAUGAUAGUAGGGAGCUGGUACUUGCUGUUGCCCAUUGGUGAAUUCUCCUUUGCACCUAACGCACUCAUCUCACAGAAGCAGACUGUAGUACAGCUACAGAACACUAUGCCUUAAAGUAGCAGGGAUUCAGUGUUUCCUUUAUUCACAGCUGAGUGGUGCAGAUUUCCUUUUACCUUUUUUUUUAUCUGUCCUUCAACACACGGAAACAUGGGAAACAAGACUUAAGGCUUUUCUUAAUUGACCAUUCACUAAACCCCUGCCCCCCUCAAACAAUGAUUGUCCAAUCAUAGGUUAGCAACAGUAACUAAGCUUUGGAUUUCGCCACAUGCUGAAGCGGUGUGAAUGGGUUUGGAAGGCGGUGUCUUUUGUGUUUUGCUUUCUAAAAUUAAAAACAAAGCAAAAAUUAAUGGAGUGUUUAUCUGCUCUAACAAGAUGCAAUUAUUAGUAUGUUCAGCUAACUAGUUUACUACCUACAGUACUAACCCAGUGUUAGUUCCAACACAAAGGAGCAUAAUAUACUACAUUAUCUUGAGAGGUUGCAAGUUAUGUUAAAAAAAAAAUUCUUGUUCAGGAUAGCACAUUCACUGUAUAUUAUUUUCUAACAGUUUGGAAGCCGGUCCAGGAUGCUAUAUCAGAGUUUAGGCUAACGUAGCGACUCUGUCCUGCUCUUUUAUUGGAAUUAGGAAAGUUUACACACCAGCAAAACUCAUUAUUCGAGGUAGCAUAGCAUUAUGUCCGCCAAACGCAUUGGUUAGUCCUCAUCCGAAAAGCCUUUUCUCUUGUAACGUUAAAAGUAAAACAAACUGUUUAAAAAAUACCAGCUUAUAUUAUUGCUUAUUUAUAUUAUGCAUAAAUCUAACUUCUGUAUUGUAUAAGUAUGUAAGGUAAGCAGCCACACAGGGUUAUGUUAGAAUGAAACAACAGUCUGAUCUUACAUUUUUCCUUAUACUUAUAAUACAAGGACUAUAGCUCUACACUGUAAUACAAGAACAAUGCUAUUAAUUUAUUUCCAUGUCCUCUGCAUUUAUCAUCAACCAGUGAGGAUGCUGACUUUUUGCCUGGGACAUGUAGCUUUAUCCUCAGUCUUUUAGCAAGACAUCAUGUAGGUAGCCAUAAAAUACAUAUUUAGGAUCCGUUUUACAGGGUUUUUGUUUUUAAAACAAAUAAGCUGGAAACAAUAAAAAGUCAGCGCUUUUAACUGACUCGUGGCACUACGUUAGCUUAAUUAGUUAGCAAGCUACAACUGAUAGAAUCAGCCAGCACCAGUUGUCAUUUCAGAUGGAGAAAUCAAUAGAAAUAAGAAACUGCUUUUGUCUACCUCUGUUUGAAAUUGAUCCAUUAUUUCCAAAAUUACUAAGAAUUUCGAUGGACAGUCUGGCAUCAUAAUCAUUGUAAACUGCAUAUGUGCUUUGCGAGAAUGGAAAGCUUAGCAACAGUAACAACAGGGGUUAGGGAAUGGUCAAUUGAGCAACAAGCAUGUCUCUAGGAAUGGGCGCUUUAAAAUGUGCACAGGAAUAUUGUACGUGGAUAAUUUGUGGCAUGAUUAAGAUGAAAAAAUGGUGGUCUCUCAUUGGAGGUGAUAAAAUUGAAUUAGUUAACUUUCUCUUGUUAACAGCCAGGUCUUUCCUCACUUUUAAUGACAUGGCACUUGAAAUGUCUGUAGUUAGUUUAUGGUACUCUUGAACAUGUUAGAAAAACUGCUUAACUGAAAUUGUAUAACUGGCCUACUGAGGUAAACUGACAUUUCUAAACUCUGCUUUAGCCUUUUAAUAGUUCCUCCCACUGCCACUGGCCAAUAGAAACUUGAAGCCGUUCAUGUGCCUAAUUUACAGUGUUAAUAUUGGUCUGUUUGCACCUUUGACUUAAGAUUUAAAGGGUACAUAAUUUUUUACAGUUUAUGUAAUCAGAACCACAUGAUCACUUCCUUAGUAUGCUGCACUAUUAAUGCACUUUAAUUUCUGUUCACACUAAGCCAUAACAGGUUUUUAUCUGUAUAAAUGAAUACUGGUGAUUUUCUUGAGGCUAGCUGCUUUGUAGUCUCUUAUGUUGAAGUUUUUACUGUAAAAGAAAUGUAGUUUUGCAUUCAGUACCUCCUUUACAAAGGAACCUGUGCUUGGCAGUAUAGCUGGCUUAAACAGUAUUUACAGAAGGAAUUUAAACUCUUGAAAUGGAUGCAUGUUGGUGAUUGUCUGAACUAUUGAUUAAAGAGUUAUACGUUUGUUAAAUGCAAAUGAAACGUUUUCUCUGCUGAACUGGAAACAACCCAAGCCGACUUUGUCCUCCAGAUUUACUAGUUAUGAAGAUUAAUUGUGAAGCUUGACCCUCAUUUUAAAAAAUACGUGUCUGUUUAGGCUGCAGAAUGCUUUGCAAAAGAAAAGAGAAAAAAACUGUGCCUCAAAGUGUUUGAAAUGAAAACUGUGGCCCUAAUGACCUUUUUUUUUUUUAGUUUAAUGCCAUUUUAUUGAAUCUUUUUCCAGUGGAGGAUCUUGAGAGGAACGAUGGCAGUCCGGAGAGGCCCUACCUGAUGCCCGAGAGCCUCCGCAAAGUCCUGAAUAAGAAGAACAAGACCGUGCCGGCUGAGUAGAACACCUCCUCUAACAGUACAAGCCUUAGCGAGGCGAGACUGGGGGCUAAACUUGACUGUGGUUUUGUUCACUGGAAACAGGCUUGGACAAGAACCUAAUGCCAUCAGUCUCCAGGAGCCUACAGGUGACAAUCAGUAAUGUCAUCCAUUGUGUUUCGUUACUACCAAAUAUUUUAUUCCCACGUCUGUUUCUUAUGAAUCAGACACUUCUAUUUAACUCUUAGCUAUUUAAUUUGGAGCUUUGGAUUUUAAAAAUUUGGAGAUUAUUCAUUUCUAAUUUGAAUGCAGUUAAUAUCCAAACUUUUUUUUUUUUUUUUUUUAGUAUGUUGUACAUUUUUAUCAAAGACACAGCUUAAUUGGAUCAUGUUUUUUUUUAUUUUUAAUGAGUUUUACAUGAAGGUAAGCUUAAAUGUAAUCUAUUAAAGUUUAUUAGUAUGUAUUUUAAAUGUAAUCUUAUGUCAUAUUUGAAUAAAUAUUUAACCUUGUUACCAAAGCCAUUAUACUACCACUCAUGCCACCUGUCUACAUAUGCAACUACAAUUAGACUCUUGCAUAAAGCAUCUGAUGCUGUGGUGCAACAUUCAUCAACAAGCGUAUGGAGAGAAAUAUAAAUAGGAGCAAAAGCUAAAUUUAUAUUGUAAUUGAUGUAUAGGAUUAUAUUUUGGUGCUCAUUUCAUGUUUGUGGAGUUGAUUUGAGAAUGCUUUUGAAGUAAAACAUAGUUUUGUACAUAA